CCCCCGACAAAAUGGCCGCUUACAGUACUGACUUUGAGGCUCAUAAUAUUGCCGAUUUUAGCCAUUUUUAAGGAUAAUUGUUCCACUGCUUGACACUUUUCACUUAAUAGGGCCGUGAAGUCUGUUUGUUGGCCUGUGAGGAGCAGUUAAGCGAGACGAACAGCACGUUUUAUUUGGUGAAAAUGGCAGACAACUGGGCUAACUUCUCGAAUAUGCCGAAUGCGGCGGCACAGCAGCAGCCUGCCGCGCCAGGAGCGGCCGAGCCGCCAGCCCAGGUAGAAGCGGGUGGAAUGGAUGAUGACUGGGGCGACUUUGGUGGUUUCGAGGAGGCAGUGGCGCCUCCCCCCGAGCUUGCCCAGCAAGUGCCGGGGCCAGGCGUGGAGGCCAGUCCCUCACCUUGGGCAUCCUUUGCUAUCGCUUCCGUCCAGAAUCCCGCCGCCGGUCAGCCGGACCUCCUGAUGGCCCAAGCUCAAGCGCAGCCUCCCCUCCAGCCCCAGAUUGACCCCCCGUUUGCCGACCCUGUGCCCCAGAGGGUCGCGGUAGCAGCCGCCCCCGAACUCACAUCUCAGGCGGAAGCAUCUAGACAGCAAGCCCAGGCCCAAGCAGCAGCACCACUCCAGAACCAGCCUGUAAAGAACAGCCUAGACGAUGACGAAGACUUGUACGGAGCCGAGGGAGCAGUCGGUGGGCCUCCACCCGUCGAGAACCACAACGUCGAGUCGGCAGACGGUGAGCACCUGGAAGAGGUGGACAUGCUCCGAGGCGAGAUGGACGAGUACCCAGCCAGCCAGCGGUUCAUCAAGAGGUCCUCAUCUUCCACCGAGGUCUUCGCCGCCGAGAUGACUGGGAAAGUGGCCCGGAUGGAAGAGCGGCUGUCAGCCGCCGAACGAGAGAAGAUUAGACUACUGAAGGUCAGGGAGGAGCUGACAGAGAAGCUGGAGUCGCUGGAGAAAGAGGUCGAAGGUCACCGUCGGGAGGCCGAGGAGCAGAGGCAACGCUAUGAGGCUGUGCAGGCCAGGCACACCUUGGAGAUGGACGAGAUACGCAAAGCGGGCCACGACGCGUUGGCCGUCAUCGUCGAAGAGUAUAAGGAACUAUGCAAAUGUGCAGUCCUCCAGCAGCAAGAAGCCAGUGAGAAGCAGCUGCAGGCAGCCAUCGCCAAGGAGACGGAUCGGUGCAAGGAAAUCCUGCAAAAUCAGCAUGACAGACUCGCAAGCGUUCUUGAGGAGGAGAGGAAACAGAAUGAAGCGAGGAUCAAGGCGGCGUUGCAGGAACAGGUAGACGCCCAGAAGAUGAUGCUGGAAACCUGCUUACAGGAGGAAAAGGAGAAGAACAAACUGGAACUCGAAAAGGCCCUUCAGGAAGAGCACAGAAAGAGUGAAGCCGCUCUCCAGAGGGCGCUAGAAGAGGAGAGGUCAAAGGGCAGGGAGAUGCUGGAGGCACAGAGGGCCCAGGCUGGCAGGUCGUUAGAGGACGAGCAAAAUCGCCUCCGAGAAACUUUACUAAGGGAACUGGAAGAGGACAGACAAAGGAGCAAGGAAGCCAUAAAAGCUGCAUUAGAGGAGGAAAGAAAGCACCAACAGGAAGCCAUCAAACAAUCCGUCGCCGAGGCCAGGCAAGGCAUGGAGGAAUGCAAUGCAGAACAAAAGCGGCUGGACGCUGUGGUACGGCACAGAUCCAUGGCCAGUCUGGAUCUCUUCCUGGAGAGCGCAAGACAGCAGCUGAAAUCCCUAAUGGAUGACAAACCGGUGGGAGAACCAGUGGACGCACCUGACAACUCUUCCUAAACUUUAAUAUACAGCUCUUAACGUGUAUAAAGGUAAUUUAUAGAAUCUCCAUUUUUGUAUGUGUAUAUAUCUGUCAGACACAGGUACAGUGAUUUUCUUGAUGCAUAGAUUUUUUUUCAGACCUCCUGUCGUCAAACUCUGCUGAAGGUACAUCCAGAGCGGCUAUUUUGUGGCUGUGGCUUAAGCCUUUUAGCAUUGACAGUGCUAUUGUAGAAAUCCAUAGCCACAGAUAAAACAAGACGUCUGUCUUGGACACAGCCUUGUACAAUUCGCCACGUAGAAUUUGACAAAGCACUUGAGGACAACCCCCUUCCCGGUACCCCCACUUUGAGAGACUGCCUUGGGUUCUGCUGCCGAAUUCGACCCGGGGGGGGGGAGUACUUGGUUAGUGGUAGACGAAUGAAUGAUCCGAGUAAUCCACACUUGGUACAGUUCACACCUAGAAACCUUGGCCGUAGCCACAACGGAUUUUUGCAGAGUGAAAGCUGCCACCGACGCCACUGCGUGCCCUGGUGAUUGCACUCCGCAUAGACCUAGCCCUAGCCCUAGACACAAGAUUCACAAAAAAUUCACAAAAAGUGACUCAGGAUACAGUGUACCAAGAUGGCAGUUGAAUUAACAGGCCUAGCCGCAAAAUAACCGUAGAGGGUCCUUCACGUGGCUUUAAGAAUAGUUUUGUAGAUCUCUGAGAUUUUCACCUCAUGUUUACAUCUGAAUGAUUGAGACACAGACUCAGUGUACAAAAGGACCUUCUUUUCCAAGACGUAUACAGAAACAUUAGCAUCAGAAUGAAUCAUGCCUCCUUAAUGCCGAGUUUUCAAUUGUCACUGUGUAUUAAAAUUCGGAAGAAAAAUCAUAUUUCAGGUACUGCUUUAUGUUGUUUGAAUUUUGUAGCACAGAGGUGCGACAUUACACAGUGGGGUGGCCCAGCUGUUUCCAUUUCAAAAGAAUUUCACCCUUUUUUACAAAAAAAGUGUUGCGAGAUCGAAUUUUGCUGUUGAUGACAUGCAUUUGGUUAUGCAAUAUUAUCCAGAGUGUCAUGGUACUGCGUAGAGAGAUUCGAGAUCAUUGGCAGCAGGUGUUUCGAAAGUAAAUUGCAGCUUCCAAAAGUUCCUUGAUACCACAAACGAAUCGGGUUUU